AUGACAUACCACGCCGACCGUAGACUCGUUGCUGUCGCGGCCGGCGCUGUCGCGGUCGGCGUCGGCAUCUAUCUGCUGCAGAGCAGUAAACCUGCUAGCAGCCCGACACCCGCUGCGGCGGCGGCGGCGCCGCCGCCAGCUGAGGCAGCCGGCGGAGGAGAUGCUGCUUCCGAGGACCUGCAUGCGCAGGCAAAGAGGGCCAAGGACCUCGGCAACAAGAGAUUCCAGGGGCGGCAGUACGACAAGGCGUGCGAGGAGUACACGCGCGCCAUCGAGCUCGCGCCCGACAAGAGGCACAAGGACGUGGCCGUCUUCUUCGGCAACCGGGCGCAGGCACGCGCGAUGCUCGAGAAGCAUGCCGAGGCGGAGGCGGACUGCGACGCGGCGCUCGCCAUCGACCCGAAGUACGUCAAGGUGCUUAACCGGCGCGGCGUCGCGCGCGAGCGGCGCGGCGACCUCGAGGCCUCCUUCUCCGACUUCACCGCCGCGCGGCUCACCACCCGCCCGCGCGAGCCGCGACAGCCACACACGCUGCUCGAGGACCCUUUGGCUCCGGCCGCCGGCCCACCCGCUGCCCCACCCGCUGCCCCACCCGCUGCUUCAGCUGCUGCUUCAGCCGCUGCUCUGCCUGCAGGCACCUUCGUCGACUCGUUCAAGUGCCACCGCGCGAUCCUCGCCGCCGAGACCGCUUCGCCGGCGGAGCUCGGCGCGGCGAUCGCCAGCACGCCGCCGCCCGAGGGCGCCGCCCUCGCGGGCCUGCUCUGCCGCAGGGCAGCGCCCUGGCUCGACGGGGUGGGGAUCGCGGUGUCGAGUGUGGAGCAGGGCGCCCAGGCGCUCGCCGCUUGGUCGAACGCCGCAAACGCGUCGGGCGGAGCCGCGAUUUCGCCGGCGACGGCGCUGUCGAUGGCGGGCAUGUUUCUGCAUCUGCGGGGCAACUACCCCGAGGCGAUGACCCUGUACGACUACGCGAUCGACUUGCGGCCGCGCUCGAUCGACGUCCUGCUCAAGCGCGCCUCGCUCUGGUACGAGCGCGAGGAGCGCUUGAGCAGGAUGUCGAUCGAGCGCGGCCAGCUCUACAUCCUGCAGUCCAAGAUCUCGGCGGCGGUGGACGACUUGCGCAAGGCGGUGCAGCUCGACCCCGGCUCGGUCCUGGCGCGCAUCCAGCUCGGCAUGGCGCUGCACCGCUCGCAGCAGCCGACCGAGGCGCGCCGUGUCUUCGCCGACGCUGAGGCGGCCUUCCCCGACUCCCCCGACGUGCUCAACUACCACGGCGAGCUGCUCGUCGAGGCGCAGGAGAUGGAGGCCGCCAAGGCAAAGUUCUCUGGCGCGCUCUCCAUCUCUGGGAACAAGUUCGCCCUCGCGCACGUCAACCUCGGCGUCCUCGAGCUCCACCGCAAGCAAGACCUCGAGGCGACGGAGCCUCCCGCCCCGCCCCGCCCCGCCCCGCCCCGCCCCGCCCCGCCCGCUCGCGUGGGCGUGGCGGCGGCCAUCAAGCACUGCGAGAAGGCGAUCAGCGUCGACCCGCUCUGUGAGACGGCGCACGUGCACAUGGCGCACCUCUGCCUGCAAAAGUACGACCUGCGCGGCGCGGUCGCGGCGUACGACCGCGCGGAGCUGGUCGACUGCUACUCGAUGCGCGAGGCGACCGCAGCGCAGCUCGCGCUCAUCGACUCGCAGCCCGCGAUCUACGAGCCACUCCUCGCAGAGCAUCGCCAGCGCGCGGCGAUGGCGGCGGCUGGGAUGGGCUGA